AUGACCCGAACGCACACCGUCGCUAACAUAUCUGACUUGAUCAACGGGAAAGUAACCAUCAAGAGCAAAGACGACUCAAUGCUUUGUCCAAAACACGACGAAAAACUGAAGUUUUUCUGCGUGACUUGUCUUGAACCUGUUUGUCAUGACUGUACCCUGAUUGAUCAUAACCGAGAGCAGGGCCACCAGCUCCAAUUCCUGAAGGACUUUGUCCCUACAAUCCGUGAAGAGCUAAGCUCACGUAAAGAAGAAGUUUCCAAGAAAUCCGAAGAGUUCUCAGAGUUUCUUAACUUGGCUGACGAACUCGAAACACAUACUAUGGACAAAACUAAGACAACAAGCAAGAGCAUACAGAAUGCUAUCGUCGAAUACAUUAGCAGGGUAGAAGAGGAGCGUUUACCAAUGGAGAAAGUGGCCUGUGAUUAUCUUGGUGAAAAAAUUGAGCAGCUGAACCAACUGAGGAAGAAAACGCAGCAUAUUAAAUCACUAGCGGAGAAGAGCUUGUUGUUGACAAACCAAAUCAUGGAGAAUGAGCAGGAUCUUGUCGGCUUGGCCUCUAUGUACAAAAGUCUCAGAGAGGCCAUGGACAGAGCCAUUGCUGAAAAACCUGAUGAGCAGAAGCUGAAAAAUAUAAGGAAAUCGAUUGAUCACUUGCACUAUCAUGUGACACCUCUCGAUGCGAAAGUUGGAAAAGUAGCGGUAGGAUGUAGCUGCACAGAGCGCAGUACUUCGAGCGUUGCUUGCAAGAAUGGUCCUAAAGAUGUACAGUUUACACGUGACGGAAGAAUAUCAGCCAUUGUCCAAGCCGCAUGCAUCGGAGGAACCUCAGAGACAGUUUAUGUAAUGACCGGUAAUGAAACAGUCUACACACUUCAAGGAUCAGGCUUCUACAACACCUACACCAAUCUGCAGCACCAAUACAUGGCCGUUAAUCGAGGAGUUUAUCAAUCCAAAGAGGUGAAAAAUCUUGAAAUGUUUGCUGCAAUCAAGCAGACAACCACGAGCUUCCCAAACUGUACCUCGUUCAGUUGGACCCGCUGGCUUCCAACCUUGCAGUAUGACAGCAUCAGGUGCUUUACCUCUCUAUCAGAUCAUCGCUUCGUCAUCGCAACCACUGAUGCUAAGUUGUACAUCCUUGGGGAUACUCUAGGAGAAUUUUCUCACGGUUUACCUGAUACACGAAGUAUAUCAGGUUUGGCAACAGAUAACGAAGAUAACAUCUACAUUACUGAUCGUGACAACCACAAGAUCUACAUCCUACGGUCCGAUGGCAACCUGAAGGAUACACUGAACGUUGGGGAUAUCUCACCGACUUGCGUCGCUGUCCCUCACAUGGGACCAGAGAUCAUCGCGGUCACGCACGAACCAGCCACGGUAUCAAUUCUAGACCUCAACGGGAAUACGCUAUGCUCCAUCCACAACGAGGAAUGGAAGAAGGUGGCCAUCGGAUGUGAUGCUGAUCGGCUGCUCUACAUCCUCUGGUCCGACCAGAAUAACGAGAAGACGCUGCAGAGGUAUACCUUCCAGGGGGUGCAGGUGGAUACUCUGUUUGAGAAGGAAUCGCACAGCUACAACGAUCUUGUUUUAGCAGUGUCACCAACAGGAGCUUGUGCAGCUGCUGUUGUGACCACGACCGGUGCUGAUGGGAAAGUAGUGACUAUGGCGCCAGGAGAAAAGCCAUCGCCAGGAAUAUUGAUCGCCAUGGCUUCCUCAAACAUUAAUUUGCUAGAUUCUGUUGUUUCUGAGGAGGUUGAAUGCGCCAUAUGCCUCAAUAAAUUGGAUACACCACGUAUAUUGACAUGUCUGCAUAGCUUCUGUGAGAAGUGCUUGGAAAAGUGUGUCCAGAACCGAAAAGAUGACUCGUCCCAGUCAGGUAACAGCACAUUGAAGUGCGCACUCUGCAAUGAAUAUACUGUUCUACCUGAUACUGGUGUCCGUGGACUGAGACUCGACUUCAGAGCUACGCGUUUGGUGGAAGCUCUUCGGGAAAAGGAGACCCGGGAACUCAAACUCGCCAGUCCAGCCCAUCGCUGUGAGGCUUGCGGAUGUACUGAUUCUGGAGAAACUGCCUCGACAGAAAAGUCACCUUUCACCUACUGCAGAGAAUGCUGCCAGGUCCUCUGCCAGCGCUGCUCUAAGGCUCAUGCCGGUUUACGAAUGACCCGAACGCACACCGUCGCUAACAUAUCUGACUUGAUCAACGGGAAAGUAACCAUCCAGAGCAAAGACGACUCAAUGCUAUGUCCAAAACACGACGAAAAACUGAAGUUUUUCUGCGUGACUUGUCUUGAACCUGUUUGUCAUGACUGUACCCUGAUUGAUCAUAACCGAGAGCAGGGCCACCAGCUCCAAUUCCUGAAGGACUUUGUCCCUACCAUCCGCGAAGAGCUAAGCUCACGUAAAGAAGAAGUUUCCAAGAAAUCCGAAGAGUUCUCAGAGUUUCUUAACUUGGCUGACGAACUCGAAACCCAUAUCAUGGACAAAACAAAGACAACAAGCAAGAGCAUACAGAAUGCUAUCGUCGAAUACAGUAGCAGGGUAGAAGAGGCGCGUUUGCAAAUGGAAAAAGUGGCCUGUGAUUAUCUUGGUGAAAAAAUUGAGCAGCUGAAUCAACUGAGGAAGAAAACGCAGCACAUCAAAUCACUGGCGGAGAAGAGCUUGUUAUUGACAAACCAAAUCAUGGAGAAUGAGCAGGAUCUUGUCGGCUUGGCCUCUAUGUACAAAAGUCUUAGAGAGGCCAUGGACAGAGCAAUUGCUGAAAAACCUGAUGAGCAGGAGCUGGAAAAUAUAAGAGAAUAUAUUGAUCACUUGCACUAUCACGUGACACCUCUCGACGCAAAAGUUGGAAAAGUUGCAGUAGGGUGUAGCUGCACAGAGCGCAGUACUUUGAGUAUAACUUGCAAGAAUGGACCCAAAGAUGUACAGUUUACACGCGACGGAAGAAUAUCAGCCAUUGUCCAAGUCGUAUGCAUCGGAGAAGGACAAGGCACAGUUUAUGUAAAGCACGGUACUGAAACGCUCUACACAUGUUUUUCUCGAUCCAGGGAUGACUAUCGGUACAAGGCGGUGAAAAAUCUUGAAGUGUUUGCUGCAAUCAAGCAGACCUCUACGAGCUUCCCGAACUGUACCUCGUUUAGUUGGACCCGCUGGCUUCCAACCUUGCAGUAUGACAGCAUCAGGUGCUUUACUUCUCUAUCAGAUCAUCGCUUCGUAAUCGCAACCACUGAUGCUAAGCUGUAUAUCCUUGGGGAUACUCUAGCAGAGUUGUCUCACGGUUUACCCGGUAAACAAAGUAUCUCCGGUUUGGCAACAGACAACGAGGACAACAUCUACAUCACUGAUAGAGACAACCACAAGAUAUACAUCCUACGAUCCGAUGGCAACCUGACGGAUACACUGAAAGUCGAGGAUAUCUCACCGAUUUGCGUCGCUGUCCCUCACAUGGUACCAGAUGUCAUUGCGGUCACGCACGAACCAGCCACGGUAUCCAUCCUAGACCUCAACGGGAAUACUCUAUGCUCCAUCCACAACGAGGAAUGGAAGAAGGUGGCCAUCGGAUGUGAUGCUGAUCGGUUGCUCUACAUCCUCUGGUCCGACCAGAAUAACGAGAAGACGCUGCAGAGGUAUACCUUCCAGGGGGUGCAGGUGGAUACUCUGUUUGAGAAGGAAUCGCACAGCUACAACGAUCUUGUGUUAGCAGUGUCACCAACAGGAGCAUCUGCAGCUGCUAUUGUGACCACGACCGGUGCUGAUGGGCAAGUAGUGACUGUGGCGCCAGGAGAAAAGCCAUCGCCUAAAACGCUUUUAUAGGUGAACGUUAAAGUACACUUGAUUUUCAAAGCGCCAAGUGUCAAACUCUUCAUGCUUUACUAAAUCAAUGUAAUAGAACGAAAUGAAAGGGGAAAAAAAAUAAUUUUGACAUGAUAUUAGUUUAUUAACUUUAUAAUAUAGAGUAUACUUAUGUUACCAUUACAGAAGGAAGAAGUUGACAUGAGGUGCUUCAUAAAUCAGUGGACUAAAAUCUACAGACUGUAACCUGGACUAAAGCUGGUACGCUUUUAUGAUCUUCGGCCAUGAGAGAGUUUACGUUUAAGAUUUUUUAUAAAUAAUAUAAUAACGUAACUUUUAGCCAAGCUGCCACGAUAAGACCCUCAAUCAUCAUUUUUUAAGCAUUCAAGGAAUUUCUUGAUACCAUCGUUCCUACUUUAUCACUUCACCUGGGUAAAGGUCGGUCAAUGUAGAUUAAUGUCUUGCAAAUGGUAGUUAUUUAAUAUGCCUUGUAAUGUGGACUUUAGGUGGGACAAGUUGAUCCGUAAAAUGUGGUGACAUAAUGCCACGACACCACAUAUUGUGUAAGUUCCUUUAUUGCAAAGCUAUAUAAAUGUUUAACCGUCAUGUCAAAUUGCUCACACACCAACAAAAAAUUGCAUUAAAUCGUUCACUUAUAUAUU